AAGCAUGUUAGUGGGGGGCUGACAGGCAGAGAAAAAGCUCGCGUUUAGAUUUUCAUUAUCCAUCAUGGCAUCCAAGUGCCCCAAGUGCGACAAGACUGUCUACUUCGCUGAAAAAGUAUCUUCCUUGGGAAAAGAUUGGCACAAAUUCUGUUUGAAAUGUGAGCGUUGCAGCAAGACCUUGACACCUGGCGGGCAUGCAGAGCAUGACGGGAAGCCUUACUGUCACAAACCUUGUUAUGCAACACUGUUUGGACCAAAAGGUGUAAAUAUUGGAGGAGCAGGAUCCUAUAUUUAUGAUAAGCCUCCUUCUGAAGAACAGCUUACUCCAGGGCCUGUUGAGCAAGCAUCCAAAAUGGAAGAAAAGAAAAUGAAUAUUGCACCAAAAGGACCAAGCAAAGGUAAACAGUGAAGCAGAAGCCUGAAAACAGUUUUUGGUAUGAACAUUGUAAGACUGACUUGGAAACAAAAUUGUACACAAAUCAUGAACGUGUGAUUGCUAAAAUGUAUAAACCUUUAUUGAAAAUUUACUGGAGAACAAAUUAAUGUAUAUAUUAUAAAAUGAGAUUAAAUUUCAGGUUAUAAUAUACAGUUUAAAAUAUGUAUAGAAAGGACUGAAAUGGUAUGUUAUAACCUUAAAGAUAAUUUUUGCAAUAUGAUGUACCAUUGGUGUUGUGGCCCAGCAGGACCUGGUUGAGCUGCUGAUGGAAUUGGAUAGUGAGGAACCA